AUGGCCUACGACCGCUACGUUGCCAUCUGCAAACCCCUGCACUACGGGACCCUCCUGGGCAGCAGAGCUUGUGCCCACAUGGCAGCAGCUGCCUGGGGCAGUGGGUUUCUCACUGCUCUGCUGCACACGGCCAAUACAUUUUCCCUACCCCUCUGCCAUGGCAAUGCUGUGGACCAGUUCUUCUGUGAAAUCCCCCAGAUCCUCAAGCUCUCCUGCUCAGAUGCCUACCUCAGGGAAGUUGGGCUAAUUGUGGUUAGUGCCUGUUUAGGAUUUGGGUGUUUUGUUUUCAUUGUGGUGUCCUAUGUGCAGAUCUUCAGGGCCGUGCUGAGGAUCCCCUCUGAGCAGGGACGGCACAAAGCCUUUUCCACAUGCCUCCCUCACCUGGCCGUGGUCUCAAUGUUUAUCAGCACUGGCAUAUUUGCCUACCUGAAGACCCCCUCCAUGUCCUCCCCAUCCCUGGAUCUGGUAAUGGCAGUUCUUUACUCGGUGGUACCUCCAGCCGUGAAUCCUCUCAUCUACAGCAUGAGGAACCAGGAGCUCAAG